ACCAAAAAUUUUAUUAAAAUUCAUGAAAAUGAAUGUGUAUCUUAUUUGCCACUAAUAAAAAAAAAGUAAAACAAAAAAUAAUAACUUAAAAAGCUAAUUUGUUUUUAAGAUUAAAUUUGUGAUUAGCAUAAACCACCGGAGUUGAUGUUAAUAUUUAACGCGAACUGAGAGAGAACUCUCUUACAUUUGUACACGUGCGACAAAAGUGAAUAAAGUUCCAUAAAAUAUUUCUUGGUGUUUCUUAUUUUUUACAAGAUAAAGUAAUCCUACUCUGGAUGUAAAAAAAAGUUUUUCUAUAAAAAAAGAGUUCUAAAAAAAGAGUUCUAAAAUAACUUUCUAAUUUAUUUUCUCUACGAAUUUUAUUUCACAUUUCUUCAUAAUAAUAUACAUAGAAAUGUCUGCAAAUAAAUUCACUGUCACGUUGAGAACACCUGUAGGAGAAGAAAAUCAGAAAACUAUAAAUUAUAAUGAAUUUAAUUCGAAGAAAAGAGAGAAUACUUCAUAUUUUCAAACAGAAUUAAAGUGGUUGAAUAUUGUAAUUUUUUUCAUUCUUCAUUUCGUGGCAGUUUAUGGCUUAAUCACUUUCCCGUAUUUACGGAAAAAGAGGACGUUUCUCUUUGAGUACUUUGUGGCGCACUUGGUUGGUUUUGGAAUAACAGCCGGUGCCCACCGUCUAUGGACACAUCAGGCCUACAAAACUAAAUUACCACUGAAAAUUUUACUUCUAUAUUGUUUCUACACAUCGGGACAAUUAUCACUGUACAAUUGGGUGAGAGAUCAUAGGGUUCAUCACAAGUAUUCCGAGACUAGAGCCGAUCCACAUGAUAGUAGACGUGGUUUCUUCUUUUCUCAUAUCGGUUGGAUUUUGAUGAAGAAACAUCCGGAUGUAUUGACAAGAGGACGUGAAAUUGACAUGAGCGAUAUUCUCUCAGAUCGAAUCGUUACAUUUUGUGAAAAGUACUGUGUAAUUCUUAAUUUUGUCUGCUGCUUUCUGAUACCAAUAAUAGUGCCAGUGUACCUUUGGAAUGAAAGUUGGUACUAUUCGAUAUUGACAACAAUGACGCGUUUCAUCGUAACACUAAAUUAUACAUGGAGUGUCAAUAGCAUUGCUCACAUGUGGGGUUCGAAACCUUAUAACAAAGGAAUAGCUGCGGUGGAGAAUAAAUUUGUAGCCCAUAUAGCAAUGGGAGAAGGCUUUCACAAUUAUCAUCAUGCAUUUCCAUACGAUUAUAAAUGUGCCGAAUUGGGAAACUAUAGUCUCAACUGGACAACCUACGUAAUUGAUAUGUUCGCAAAAAUAGGUUGGGCAUACGAUUUGAAACAACCAUCGAAAAAAUUAAUUAAGUCCGUCAUGGAGAAGAGAGGAGAAGGAAAUGAAUUUCUUUGACAUUAUGGCAAUAAGCCAAGCAAUAUUUUUUUUCAAAAAAGAAGAUAAAAGAAAAACUAAAAAUUCAUGAAAUUAAUAUCUAAUAACGUUUAUACGUUAUUAUUAACGUAUAGCUAUUGUUAUACUCUUAAAAAUUUUAAUUUUUAUAAUUUUUUUUUUAAACCGUUAGGUACUGUAGUAAAAUUCUAAGACAAAAAAGCGCACGUGGAAUUUUGAAAAGAAGGAAAACGUACGUCUUUACGAAUAAAGAAGAUCUUGAAUAAAUUUUAGGAAAACUCAGUUA